AUGUCUCAUUGAAGAAUUUUCCAAGGGAGUAGGUGCUCAGAAUAUGACACUCUCAUUCCGAAUAUUCAUGAAUGGAUUCCAUUCCAUAAUUUCAUGACUACAUUCAUCUCUUCUGAGUUGUAUUUGCCGACACAGGCGCAGUUGACUUGACUAUAUUUCGGAAUAACCUAAGCCUUUCAAAUUCCUCACUCCACAAUCCCAUUACUUUCAUCCUUCCCAACACACACAAUCGUUCUUCCACUGCCUCUGCAACUUGAACUUCAUGGAUACCUUAUUCUCUUGCAUAUCCUGUCGGGCCCUGUUGGGUCGUAAAUCAUCCUCCCAUUCAAGCCCGUUGGGCCCAGAAAACUCGGCAUCCACUUCCUCCAAUCACUCCAACACCAUCCAAAGCCACAGAUUCGACGUGUUCAUCAGUUUCAGAGGUGCUGACACGCGCAACACUUUCGUUGACCAUCUCUACGCUCAUCUUAUCCGAAAGGGUAUUUUCGUCUUUAAGGAUGACAAGAAGCUCCAGAAAGGGAAAUCCAUUUCAUCGCAGCUUGUACAAGCGAUCCAAGGCUCCAGGGUUUCUAUCAUCGUCUUUUCGGAAGAUUACGCUGCCUCGACGUGGUGCUUGGAUGAAAUGGCCACCAUUGCUGAAUGCCGACAACAUUUGAACCAAGUUGUUUUCCCUGUCUUCUAUGGCGUGGAUCCGUCUCAUGUAAGAUACCAGAAUGGGGUGUACGCGAAUGCCUUUGCUUUGCACAAAAGGAAAUUCAAACAAGAUCCAGACAAGGUUCAUCGGUGGGGGAGAGCAAUGACGGGUUUGGCCAGUUCAGCUGGUUGGGAUGUCAGGAACAAGUCAGAAUUUAAACAAAUUGAAGAGAUUGUACAAGCAGUAAUAAAAACAUUGGGUCAUAAAUUUUCAGGAUUUGCUGAUGAUCUUAUUGGAAUACAACCACGUGUGCAAGUGUUAGAAAAUAUUUUAAAAUUAAACUUAGAAAAUGAUGAUUUUCGAGUUUUAGGAAUUUGGGGAAUGGGUGGAAUUGGAAAGACAACUCUUGUAGCUGCCUUGUAUGAUAGAAUAUCAUACAAGUUUGAUGCUUAUUGUUUCAUUGAGGAUGUAAAGAAAAUUUAUAAAGAUGGAGGCACUAUUGCUAUACAAAAAAAUAUUCUUCGUCAAACAAUAGACGAGAAAAAUCUUGAAAUAUGUAGUUCUUUAGAAAUAUCAGGAAUUGUAAAGAAUAGGCUACACAACAUGAAGGUCUUAAUGGUUCUUGACAAUGUAGACCAAAUAGAGCAAUUAGAUAAUUUGGCCAUAAAUCCUAAAUUGCUUUUCAAAGGAAGUAGAAUGAUUAUUACCACUAGGGAUGAGCAUAUUCUAAAAGUGUAUGGAGCAUAUGUGCACAAGGUUUCAUUAUUGAAUGAAAAUGAUGCUCGUGAAUUGUUUUGUAGAAAAGCCUUCAAAACUGAAGACCAGAGUAGUAGUUGUGUGGAGUUGAUUCCUGAGGUACUAAAAUAUGUCCAAUGCCUUCCUUUAGCAAUUAAAGUAAUGGGUUCUUUCUUGUGUACUCGUGAUGCAACUCAAUGGAGAGAUGCCUUGAAUAGAUUAAAGAAUAGUCCGGAUGAUAAAAUUAUGAAUGUCCUUCAAGUAAGUGUUGAUGGACUACAAUAUCAUGAAAAAGAAAUUUUCUUACAUAUUGCUUGUUUCUUUAAAGGGGAGAGGGAGGAUUAUGUUAAGCGAAUUCUAGAUUGUUGUGGAUUACACCCUCACAUUGGGAUUCUAGGAAUCAUUGAGAAAUCACUCAUAACUAUUAGAGAUCAAGAAGUUCACAUGCAUGAAACGUUACAAGAAUUGGGAAAGAAAAUUGUUCGUGAUCAAUUUCCUGAAGAGCCAGGAUCUUGGAGUAGAAUAUGGCUUUAUGAAGACUUCUUUCGCGUCUUGAUGAAUAAAACGGGAACAGACAAUGUUAAAGCCAUAGUUCUAAAUCAAAAAGAAGAUAUCUUCAAAUGUAGCGUGGAUGGAUUGUCAAAAAUGAAGAACCUUACAUUACUUAUAUUAAAUCAUACUAAUUUUUCAGGAAGCCUUGAUUUUCUGUCUAACAAGCUGCGAUAUCUUCUGUGGCAUGGUUAUCCAUUUGCUUCUUUGCCGUCAUUUUUUACCGGCUUUGGUCUUGUGGAGUUAAAUAUACCUAAUAGUAGCAUCAAAUAUGUAUGGGAAGACUUCAAGAAUUUCCCCUACUUGAAAAGGAUGGAUUUGAGCAACUCCAAAUAUCUUUUAGAGACCCCAAAUUUUUCUGGGAUCCCAAAACUUGAGCGACUUGAUCUUUCAGGAUGCACAAGUUUAAGACUAGUCCAUCCAUCAAUUGGACUUCUUGAAAAACUUGCUUUCUUGAAUUUACAAAAUUGUAGCAAUCUGAUCAGCAUCAACUUUGGCGAUGAAUCUAAUCUGUGUUCUCUGAGAGUUCUACAUCUCUCUGGUUGCAUUAAACUUGAAAACACCCCAGAUUUUACAAGUGCAACAAAUCUGGAGUACCUUGACAUUGAUGGAUGUACCAGUUUAUCCUUGGUUGAUGAAUCUAUUGGAGCCCUUACAAAGCUUACAUUCUUGAGUUUGAGAGACUGCAAAAAACUUGUUAGUAUACCUAACAACAUUAAUACAAUGACAUCUCUUCAAACUCUAGAUUUAUGUGGAUGUUUGAAACUUACAUAUAUGCCCCUAGGAGAAGUUUUCAAUUCUUCAUCCCAUUUAGAAUCUUUGAUUUUUCUGGACAUAGGCUUUUGCAAUCUUCUUGAAGUUCCUGAUGCUAUUGGAGAAUUAAGUUGUUUAGAAAGACUGAAUUUACAAGGAAAUAAUUUCGUUGCACUACCUUAUUCCAUCAAGGGGCUACAAUGUCUAGCAUAUUUAAACUUGUCUCAUUGCCAUCAACUUACAGCUUUGCCUGACCUUCCAUCAAGAAGUGCUUCAUUAGUGGGAAGAUAUUUUAAAAUGGUAUCUGGAUCUCAUGAUCAUAGAUCAGGUUUAUAUGUUUUUGAUUGUCCCAAGGUGGCUGAUAUGUUGUCUGCUCAUUGGAAUUGGAUGUCCCCGUGCAAAGACUUGGAACUUGUAUGGCUAAUGAGGCUGAUUGAGGAACCCUAUCAUUUUCGGUGUGGCUUUGACAUUGUUGUUCCUUGGGGUUGGAAAAAUGUUCCACUGUGGUUCAAUCAAGGAUUUAAAGGGGAUUCAGUUAUAAGGAUAAAGCACUUUAAAAUGGACGACAAUUGGAUUGGCUUUGCCUUUUGUGUUGUAUUUGAGGCAAACAAUCGUCCUGUGGUUUCUACUUCUCCACAUAGUUCAUCGUCUUCCCCACCACACCAUCCGUUUUAUCUUUCUUUUGAAGGUGAACACACAGAAGAAUACUUUGAUAUGUCACUUGAUUUGGAGUUGGACAAGAUUGAUGGAUCAAAACAUAUUUGGAUCAUUUAUAUCUCUAGGCAACACUGUCAUUUUGUGAAAAAUGAGGCACAUAUCACAUUUAAAGCCCACCCAGGUGUUAAGAUCAUUAAAUGGGGGAUGAGCAGCAUAUUCAAGCAAGAUAUAGAUUACUUAAAAAGGAAGCAACUAGGACAGCCUCUUUCACCCCAUCCAAAUUGGGAUAAUGAUGUACAUUAUAUUAACUUUGAUAUUGUAGAGAAUAACAACAACACUAUGCCUAAAAUCCAUCUUCCUUACAAUUGGUUGAUCACAGAGGAGGAUGAAGUUGAGAAUAUUGAAGCAAAGGAGAAAGAAAAUAACCUCGCUAAUGUGGGGCUUUAAACACACUGUAUGAAGGCUCACAAUCUCACAAACAACCUUUACGGCAGGCUUAAGCUCAAAGAGAGAGAAGAGUCAAAUGCACAUUAAAAAAUGUGGAGAACCGAAAGAAUAAAGAGCCCUCAAUCUCCAAUCUAGAUUAUGUAUGAAACCACAGGGGCAGAGGGUGAUUGACAAGGGUAAACUUAGACAAGGCCUUAGCAUCAACUGUUUUCAACUGUUGGGUCUUUUGUUUUUUCUGAUAAAUGUAAUACUGUUGCCAUUCUGUUGCUACCUUGUGGCACAAUAGAUUAGGCCACUAGUCUGAUAAGAUUUUUAAACUGAUCAGUAAUAAAAUUUGUUUCUCAUUGCCUCAA